GUCUCAUGACGACGGUUCCGCGUCCUGAACUUUGCAGUCAGAGGUUGGUUGUCCUUUUGUUGACAUAAACUGCAGUUUUUCGCUGCCAACUUUAAAAGUGCAUUUAAAAGAAAAGUCUUCUUUGGUUGGGUACAUCGAAAAGUCUUUCAACCGCGGUGCUUAUGAUGUGAAUGUGGGUACACAGUCGACGCUAAGACAGGGCACUCGAUAUGUCAAGCCUCAUAAUAUUGGAGUCGGAUGCAGGGGAACUUGGAGACAUUGAUGACAGGCUUGAGAAAGAUGGCUACAGAACCAACCUUCCAAUUGAGCACAAACUUCGGUAUUUUUGGAGACAGUUUGUGCGAUCUGAAACCAGUCUCAAAUCCUCUCUAGAGAGUGUUGAGCAGCUUCGUAAACAGCAUGGAGAAGAAAUGAUUGAGGUGGAGAACUAUGUUGCACACAUAAGACAGCUGUCAGAUGAAAGAGAAGCAUUAACUCAAGAGCUCGAGACUGAAAACGAGCAGCUGAAGGCAGAGCUUGAACAAAUGAAAGUUGAAAAGGAGGCGGGAGCUUAUGUCUCAGAGGACAUAUGUGACUUGUUAACGGAGUCUGGCUUGACGCAGAUUGGAAGAGACACCAGUCCUGUCAAGGAACAGGUGAAUUAUUUGAUUAAGGAAAGGGCUUCAUUGUCAGAGAAAGUUAAAAGGCUGGAACUUGAUAAUGAAGCACUCAAGAAGAAUUCAAACUCAGAACAGUCAGAUAAGCGGCUGAUGAAAAUUAUGGAGGAAGAGAGGAGAGACAUGGAAGAAGAGAUGAAUAGAAUGCGUGAAAUGAUGAAGCAAGUGAAACAGGAAGAAAGGAAGAUUCAUGAACAAGAGGUAAAGAAAUUUACUGACGAGAAUGACAGCUUGAGAGCUCAGCUGGAUAAAACUAAAAAACAGUGUGAUGAGGACAUGAGAGACCUGAUUAACAAGCAUCAAGGAGAAAAAUUGAAAUUGCUGGAGGAGAGAGAACAAGAGAAAGAAAAAACAACUGCUCAUGUGGGUAAGGCUGAUAGAGUAAUGGCUGAAGUUGAAGAGUUGAAAGGGAAAAUGAAAUCCAUUGAACUGGAGAAAACAUCUCUACAGGCCACAGUACGAGCACUGGAAGAAGAAAUUGAUAAAGAAAAGGAAGAAAUUAUUAAGACUAAACAGUCCCAAGAAGAUUCAAUCAAGAAACUCAAAACAGAACUAUCUGGGACUAAGCAAAAACUUCAAGAAACAGAGGUAAAACUCAAAACAAGUGAAGAGGAAAAAAAGACUGUAGAAACGCGGCUACAGGUGGCACAGAAAGAUCUUACAACCAUUCGUGAUCGAGAAGCAAAACUCUCCAGUGAGAAGGACAAUGUUAUGACUGAAGCCAAGUCUUCAACUCAAAAGCAACAAAUUAGAAUACAGCAACUCAGUGAUGAAAACAGCAGCCUUCAAGAACGACUACAGACAGCAGAUGACACAAUUGAACGACAGAUAAAGCAGAUUGAAAAUCUAACCUUGCAGCUUGGAGAGGCAGAGAGGAAUCUUGCAGAGAAAGAAGAAGAUAUGGAAACCUUAGACAAAUCAUCUAAAGAUGAGCUCAACACACUUAAGGCAAAGUUAGCAAGAACCACAAGUGAAGCAACCAGUUUGAAAGAGGAACUGUCUGAAACAAAACAAAAACUUAACAAGAUUAUGUCUGACCACAAGACUAAUGAAUUGAGCUAUCAAGAAAAGUUAAUGGCAGAGUCUGGCCGCAGCAAGAGUGCUGAAGAGGAGAAGGAACUACUGCGUGAACAGAUUGUUGACUUGAGAAAGGAUCUUGAAGCAUCACUGGCAGCUAGUAUGAGCAGAGAGAAAGAAACCAUGGAACAGACUGCAGCCCUGGAAAAAGAGAAGGAAAAUUUAGCCAGAGAGCUUGCCUCUUACAUUAAUAAAGAGAAAGACAAGUCAAAGAAAAGUGAUGAGCUAACUGUACAGUUACAAUCAAUGGAGAAUGAAAAGACUUCCCUUCAUGCUGUUGUGUCCACACAAGAAAGACAGAUUAGUGAUUUGAAUGUUAAGCUGGAGAAAAUGGAUGAGAAGUGUGCUGAGCUUGAAGAGCAGCUGCAAAAAGAACAGAACAGAACUUUAGAGUUAAGCACGCGAUACGAGUUCACUCAAGAAAGUAGCAGCUCUGCUAAACAAGAAGUAGAUCAGCUUAAAGAGGAAGUGAAAGUGAUGUCUGCACAACUCCAUAGACAGCACAAUGCUUCCUUGGAUAGUCAGGCGAAAUAUGAGAGGCUAAUUGUGGACAUGCGCAAUGAGAUCGAACGCGAACGAGAGAAAUCCUCGGCGGAACGUCACUCGUUGGCGAGUCAACUGGAACAAGCUACCAGGGAAAGUAAAGAUUUAAGUGCACUUUUACGAGAGAGAGACGAGGAGCUUAUUGCCCUUCGUGCAGAGCUCACUAACGCCAGUCACACUGGAACUAAGGCUUCUACAGCUUUGGAGUUUGAGAGUAAAAUGAGAGGAAGCCUGGAAAACAGGACAGCACAACUAGAGAAUGAGCUCAGCAAAGCCUGGGAACAAAUUAAGGAGUUGUCCGCGAAAGGAUCCAUGUUGGAGACAACAAAGAGGCAUCUAGAAAUUGAACUGGAUAAGAAAAUGCAGCAGCUGCGUCAAACAGAAAGUACUCUUCAUAGGAGACAAGCAGAACACACCGCAGUUCUGGUUGCUAAGGAUACCGCUCAACAACAAGCAGAGCAGGCUGAAACUAAGUUGGCAGUUUUAAGGCACGAGUUCGAGGGUAUCAGUGAAAAGUUGGAGCUCACACAGUCAGAACUGAGGCUUGCAAAUGAGCAACUGGCUGAAAUGAAGCUUACGUCUGAAGAAAAUAACACCCUUAGAGUUCAUCUGCAAGAGGAAGAGGUUAACAAACUUGCUUGUGAUGUUAUAGAACUCGAAGAGAUGCUCAGGGGAAUUCAACAUCAAACAGUACAAGAACUAGAAAAGCAAGUUGAACUUCUUCGUGAAAGAGACGCUCAGCUGCAAUACACAGUUCAAGAACAGGAGACCAAGAUAGAAGCGUUGAAACAGAAGGUCAAGAAUACUGGAGAUAAGCAUAAGCAAAAGGAAGAUGACGCCAAGUCUCUGACAGAAAGAGUGAAUGAGUUCCAACAAGAAGUGGAGUACCUACAGGGAGAGUUGGUUAAUGCUGCUGAAAGAAUUGAUCAACUACAGAGGAAAAACGACGAGAGAAAAACCAAGGCUCAUGCCACAAUCAGAUCACUCAAGGAUAGAUUUGCACGUGAAAAGAGAAACCUCGAGUCCACAGUGCUGUCCCUGCAGAGCAGUUUGGAGCUGACUCAGGAGAGAAUGAACAAGGAGGAAGAGCUCAAAGGCACAACACAGGCCGUUCAAAAACAGCUGAUGGGAGAGAAACGAGAGCUACUUGCCAAAUUAACAGACAGUGAGGAGGUCAUCCGGGAACAUCUGAGAAGUUUACGUCAAAGAGAGGCUGCACUGAACGCUCUGGAAAAAGAGAAUUCUGAACUCCACGACAAAGUUAACUUGCUAGUGCAAGAAAAAAGUACUAUAUCAAGAGAACUAGAGAAAACCAAGGCUCUUCUGUCGAGUCCGUACACAAGCCCCAAAGCAUCAGGACCCAUCGACUCUCAAGUACUAAAGAACGCUCUGGCGCGCCUUAAUCAGGCAGACACUCUCGAGAUGUCCUUUUCAUCGAGCUCUCCUGACCUGUACUCCCCUGAGCACAGGUCCCCAGAAAGAACCAUGGCAGGUAAUACACUGAAUGGUUCCUUCAUUGGCUCAUAUCGGCCGGGACUGAUGAAUAGCACAGUACACUGAUACAAUGGGUAACCUGUGCACAACACUCGGGACGCUUCUGUGGACAAGCCCGCAUGCAUACGUCAAGAAGGAGGUUCCUUUAUAUCAAAAACAAAUUAAGUUGUAUUUAUAUUAUUUUGUGAACACAACUGUUCUCAGAUGGAAAGAAAUCAAUUACCGAUACUGGUAGAAAGGGAGCGAAAAUAUAACCGCUACUCAAACAGGAAGCUAUCGCUCUUUGGUUUUUUCAUUUUAGCGUGCUACUUUUACGGUUUAGACUAUCUGUGAUUGAGGAAAGUACUGAAAUGAUGUCAAGCCUAUUUUUUGAAUACCCAGAAAUUGAGAGCAUUUAUUUAUGAACCCUUUCUUAUCUCUUGGUACAUUCUACACCCACAAAACUGACUUUGAAAAUAAUGAUGAACAAGAACGAGGAUCACUGACUUGUUUUGUUUUACAAAGGGUUCACUUAACUUAUUGCAUUUUUCUUCGUUUUAAAAUUAUAUUCAGUGCGAGACCUAUUCCCGAGAACAAACCAAACUGUAAACUAAUUAUCGUCAAAUGUGGACGAAAAAAGAAAUCUGUAGUCACUAAUGUAUGAGUAUUGCAAACUCUUGAACAGUUUUACGAGAACCCCCUUUUUCGGUUGGUUAUUGUUACCUCACUGAACAUUGAAAACCCUGUGAUUAUUGAGGUAUUGAAUCGUAAUUUACAGAAAUAACUAUAGCUACUUAGAUAGACCUUAAAGAAUUCGCAACACUUUUCAAAGCAGUUUUGAAACAUUUUUAAUGAUACAUUGACCUAUAGAUCGUCUAAAGAUGUGUGCGUGAGGAUUAAUAUAUUUCUUGAAAAUAAGUGUUAAUUUAUUAUCAUAGCCUCUAUUGACAGUUUCUUCAAAGGGUAUUAUAUGGUGUUAUUACUUUUAAACAAUUGUGACUGUAUUUUUAAAUUAUUGAACAAGUUAUUGCUGUAAGUAUUUUGUACAACAGAUUUACAUAGAAAAAACCCGACAUAAUGCUGGUCUUUGGUAAUGUCGCCAAAUAAAACAAAAUUUCAUCAAGG